CCUAUCAUCAGAAAAUCACGGCUCAGCGAAACACCGGUGACCCCAUAGCCAUUAUUCUAAGAAUAUUCACGCAAGCCCGAAGAAUUUUAAUUUCACCUUCAGUCACACGAUUUUGGUUCUCGCUUCGUCGCCACGCUGAUCCCGACACCUUGCCUGUUCCAAUCCAUGAAACCUUUAACCAUUUGUGGUUUUCAUUAAAACCCCCGCUUCUUAAAAUAUUUGCAUAAAAUUACAGCUACUCCAGUCUCCAUCUUCAGGGCUAUAUGAAAGCUUACUUUUCUUUGUUUAGAUUUUUUCGUGAUAAUUUUCUGCAUUUUCACCAUUCUCCUCUCCAGAUCCGAAGGAAAAUAUUACAGGUGAAGAUAAGGCUGGUUUUGGGCCUCAGGGACGCUUCUUCUGCCUUCAUCCGCGCAGCAAUAAUGGGCUGUAAUCGGUGACGUCGAAUUUUUUCUGUUCGGCUGAUUAAUGAUUCGGGUUGCUGUGCCUGUUGGGGCUUACAGGAUUGAAAUGUUGAUGUUUUCUGGGAUUCAGAAGUUGCUUUUAUAUCUUCUAGUUCUCUCUUUUAUUUUGCUAUGUUCGGUAGAGAUUGUUUUAUCAGGUUUUACUAGUUCUUUCAUCCGUUCUGAGUGGCCAUCUAAAGACAUACCAUUGGAUAGUCCAGAGUUUUCAGUUCCAGAGGGUUAUAAUGCCCCACAACAGGUUCAUAUCACUCAAGGCGAUUAUGAGGGGAAAGCUGUCAUAGUUUCAUGGGUGAACAUGAUCGAGCCUGGGUCUAGUGAAGUGCUCUUUGGCAAAUCUGAAAAUAAAUAUAAUCUUAGUGCUCAGGGAACGCUUAGAAACUAUACUUUCUACAAUUACAAAUCUGGGUACAUUCACCACUGCCUUCUUAGUGGACUUGAGUAUAACACCAGGUAUUAUUAUAAGAUUGGAGCGGGAAGUUCUGCUCGAGAAUUCUGGUUUGACACACCCCCUGACAUUGAUGCAGAUGCUUCCUACACCUUUGGUAUUAUAGGUGAUUUGGGUCAGACGUACAAUUCUCUAUCAACACUGCAGCAUUAUAUGACAACUGGAGGGCAGACUGUCUUAUUUGUUGGUGACCUCUCGUACGCUGAUAGAUAUCAUGAUAAUGAUGGGAACCGCUGGGACUCUUGGGGCCGUCUUGUUGAACGGAGUGUUGCAUAUCAGCCAUGGAUUUGGUCUGCUGGAAAUCAUGAAAUAGAGUACAAACCUCUUCUGGGAGAAUUUUCUACUUUUAGAGCAUAUCUUCACAGAUACGCAACUCCUCAUAUAGCUUCCAAAAGCAACUCCCCACUUUGGUAUGCAGUCAGGCGAGCAUCUGCUCAUAUCAUUGUACUGUCAAGUUAUUCUCCAUUUGUAAAAUACACUCCUCAAUGGUCAUGGUUACGGGAGGAACUGAAUCAGGUGGACAGGGAGAAGACUCCAUGGCUGAUUGUUCUUAUGCAUGCUCCAUUGUACAACAGCAAUGGUGCACAUUACAUGGAAGGUGAAAGCAUGCGUGCUGCUUUCGAGAGCUGGUUUGUUCACUUCAAAGUUGAUUUAGUUUUCGCAGGCCACGUUCAUGCUUAUGAAAGAUCGUAUCGGGUUUCUAAUAUCAACUACAACAUAACAACCGGAGACCGCUAUCCCGUGCCCGACAAAUCAGCUCCUGUGUACAUAACUGUUGGUGACGGCGGAAACCAAGAAGGACUUGCUUCAAGGUUCCUUGAGCCACAGCCAGAGUAUUCUGCUUUUAGGGAGGCCAGCUAUGGUCAUUCAGUUUUGGAAUUGAAGAACAGGACCCAUGCGUUCUACAAAUGGAUUCGAAAUGAUGAUGGCAAAUCUGUGCCUACAGAUCAUGUUGUUUUUCUCAAUCAGUACUGGGCUGGCAGCACAAGGAGGAGAUUGAAGAAAAAGCAACCAAAGCGUCAUGUCAGCCUCAUUGCAAUUUAUUAAGACGAAGCUAUCGUGGAGGUCAGAUUCGGUACAGAAAUUGCUAAGGAAGAUCCAGCUGCGCUUUGUUUGUUAGUUUACAUUUUUUUUUUAAAUUUCCGAGCUGAUGUGAAAUUGUGGGAAAUCAAAUACUGAUUAGUCACAAGUUAUAUCUUACAUUGAGACAGGUUAGAACUAUAUGAAGCUUCAAGGAAUGCUCAAUUACAGCAGUUGGAUUUCUAUUCUUCAAGGAAUCCUCAACAGUUGUGCUUUGUUUGUUAGGUUAUUAUUCAACGAAAUUGCACGCAAAACAAAACUUCA